AUGCGUCUCGUAUUCAUCCUCACGGGCGCCCUGAGUCUCAUCGCCAACUUUGUCAAUAGUGCCGCAGUCCCCGGGCCAUCGGAUAGUCGAAUCGCACGACCUCGGGCAGCCUCACCUGGCGAAAGAAAGAGCGAAACUGCCGAGCCUUCGCUCUCCACCGAUGAGAGCAACGAAAUAAUAGAGGACCG